CUCUCUCUCUCUCUCUGUCUCUCUCUCUCCAUUUAUAUUUAUAGAUUUUUAAUUUUUCUCUGUCCUCCAGCUGUGGUAUUUCUGUCCCUCAGAACCGAAGAAGGGUAAUAAAACUCCCUUCCUCAGAACCCCACUGCUCUCUCUUCUCUUCUCCAAGGGGCAAGUUUUUCCGAAGCUUAAGAGCAAAAAACAGAGGAACCAUCAUAGAAGAAACACACACAGUACCUUAGAAACAAAGCAGGAGGAGUCUUUUGCUGGCAUUGAAACAGUUUAUUACAAAAACAACCACACGCACACCAAGUGUUUGUUGGUUUGAUACAAAGGCAAGGUUGUGUUUGAAGAGGGGUCAUUACUUUGGGAGAACAACAAACAUAGGCAAAUCUUUUAAAUGUUUUCUUGAGAUUUACGUUUUCACAAAUGAGAAGUUGACAGUUAUACAUUGUUUCUCUUCACCCAAUUUCUCGUGAUAUUUCGUCAAAGAUAUUGGUGACACUUUUUGUACAUGGAAUCGGUGAAUCCAUCGGCGGUGACCCCAAGCAAGAAGUUGGCCCGGAAUUUUGCCAAGGUUCUUCAUCUUAGAGCACUGAUUGGGAUUACGCCGGUUGAUGGUUUGAAGAAUGUUAUAUCUGAUGCGAAUCUCAAGGAUGAUGGAAACAUUGGCAAGGGGACAAUAAAUUGGUCGCAGUCGUUCAACAAAGAUGACCAUGAUGAAGAGCUUCUAGAAAGAGUGAACAUGGAAGCUCUCCUUGCAAAGCUCUUUGCGAGCACUUCGACGGUUAAAGCUGCAUAUGCACAGCUGCAAUAUGCUCAGUCUCCGUAUGACCCUGAUGGAAUUCAAGUUGCCGAUCAUUUGAUAGUAUCUGAAUUCAAACACUUGUCUGAACUAAAGCAAUGCUACUUGAAGAAGCAAUUUGAUCCUUCACCAGAGAAGGCUAUCCUUGCAGCUGAAUCAAAGGAGCUGCAAAGUGUCAUAAGCACUUAUGAGAUUAUGGCAAAGAAGUUAGAAUCUCAGGUGCGACUCAAGGAAUCUGAGAUCAUAUUUCUGAAGGAGAAGCUAGAUGAAGCUAACAAGCACAACAAAUCAAUUGAGAAAAGAUUGAAUCAAAGUGGCCAGUUAUCUGUGCUUGACAAUCUUCACAUUUCAGGUUUAAGUCCCAGCCAUUUCGCCACUGUUCUUCGCAGCACUGUUAGGUCCAUUCGAAGCUUCGUAAGGCUGCUGGUGGAAGAGAUGAGGUCUACUGAUUGGGAUAUUGAUGCUGCGGUUAACGCAAUCGAACAAGAUGUGGUUUACUUUGUAGAAGAUCACAAGUGUUUUACGAUCGAGUCUUUCGUUUGCAGGGAGAUGUUUGAUUCCUUCCAUUUUCCUGAUUUCUCCCUCCUGAAUGAAUCCCUUCCAGACCGGAACAAACGGCAGCAAGUUUUCUUCGCUCGGUUCAAUGAGCUCAAAUCCACCAAAGCAAGGGAGUUUCUUGCCGUGAAUCCAAGAUCAUCCUUCGCGAAAUUCUGCAGGGUCAAGUACUUGAAACUAGUCCACCCCAAGAUGGAAUCAUCAUUCUUCGGCAACCUGAGCCAGAGGAACCUCCUGAACUCUGGAGAAGGGUUCCCGGACACGGCAUUCUUUGGCUCAUUUGCCGAGAUGGCAAAGAAGGUGUGGAUACUACACUGCUUGGCCUUCUCCUUCGAGCCCCAAGUUUCGAUCUUCCAAGUGAGAAAAGGUUGCAGAUUCUCUGAUGUGUACAUGGAGAGUGUGAAUGAUGACAUGCUCCUUUGCUCAGAUCAGACAGUGGAAUCAGAUCCACAAGUUGCAUUCACUGUGGUUCCAGGUUUCAGGAUUGGUAAAACUGUAAUUCAAUGCCAAGUUUACCUUUCACUCCAUCAAAGAACAACCACCACCACCACCAAGGUGAAAAAAUUCAACUCCACAAGGCAAAGGUAGCAGCAACUUUUGGUCAGAGGCACUGACCCCACAACAUGUACUCUUUUUUCUCCCUGAGCUGACUCAUUUUCUCUUACAAGAAAUACUUCAAUUAUUUUUGAAGCGAACACUCGCUUCAAAAAUAUAUAUACUUGUUUAAGAAAUAUUCAGGGCCUAACAAAAGAUUUUCGUUAGUGUCCUGAAUAUCUCUGAAACCCGCAUUAAAUAAUUCUAAAAGCAUACAAGUGUUUCUCUUCCUCUCGUCGUUGGGUAAGGUGUCGGAGCAAAAAUUGACCAAAUCCGACGCCAAAUCCAACGGCGUGAGAAAGCCAGUUAGCUCGGUGUACAAAGGAAGGACAUAAUGCAGUAUUACAGUGCAUGGCUGAGUGUGUUGUGGGGACUCAUGACUGUGGCAUGGUUCAAUGGCAGCAUAGCAUUGUCCACUUGUGUUUUGGCCAUUUUGAAAGAGAGAAAAAAAAAAGGGGAAAGAACCGUGUGGACCGUUGCAUUGGGAGUAACCCUUUUUUCUUUUUAGAAUCUUUUUUCAUUUUUUAUUUUAAUUUCAUGCAGAUUUAUCAAAAACAUGCCCCAAAAUUUUGUUGAUAUCAGGCCAGUGGCCGGGAUUGUCUAGCUGUUACGCAUCUUUCAUCAGACAUUGCAUGAUAUAUAUAAAUAUAAAAUAUAAUAAUAUGUACAUAAAUUAUAUGUAGGUAGGAAUUUUAUAAUCCGUAGCCUUCUUUCAUUCUCUUUUAUAUAUUCUCAUGUUAUGUUCUAAUUC